AUGACUGCCAAAGACGGGACCGCGGUGCGCGCCGAGAAGGCCCCCGGCGACGAGCCCGUCGUUGCCGAAAAGUACGCCGACGAGACGCUGCGCAUCAUUGAGGAGCAUGGCGCGCAUGUUGGCCCGCUGACCCCCGACGCCGAGAAGGCGCUGCGGCGCAAGACGUACUGGCACGUCAUGGGCCUGCUUUCUGCCAUCAACCUGCUGUUGUUUGUGGACAAGUCGACGCUCGGCUACGCCGCAAUCCUGGGCCUCUUUGAGGAGACGGGCAUCAGCAAAGCCGAGUAUAACAACUUGGGCACCUUCUUCUACGUCGGCUAUCUCGCCGCGCAAUGGCCCGGCCAUUACGCCAUGCAGAGGCUGCCGCUGGGCAAGUUUGUCGCCGGCCUCGUCUUUACCUGGGGCGCCACCGUUCUGUUGCACUGCGUCGCCACGAGGUACGCCGGGCUCGUGGUACUGCGACUGCUUCUAGGCGCGAGCGAGUCCGUCGUCGUCCCAGCCAUGGAGAUGACGAUAGGCAUGUUCUUCAAUCGCAAGGAGCAGUCGUUCCUCCAGCCCUUUCUCUGGGUCACCUCGGCCGCCGCUCCUGUGUGCGCGGCCUUCAUCUCCUAUGGGCUGCUGUGGAGCAAGAGCCAUGUCCUUCCCUGGAAGCUCUUCAUGAUUGUGACGGGCGGCAUCUCCGUGCUGUUGUCCGCCGUGGUCUGGUUCCACUACCCGAACAACCCCGGCACGGCCAAGUUCUUCACGCUUGAGGAAAAGGUGCACACAAUUCGCCGCGUCCAGGCAUCCAGCCAGAGCUCCAUCGAGCAGAAGCAGUUCAAGGCCGCACAGUUUCGCGAGACGCUCCGCGACCCCGUCUCGUGGCUGUUUUGCCUGCAGUCAUUUACGCUCAUGAUGUCGAAUAAUCUCACGUACGGGCAGCAGAACCUCCUCACCAAGUCGCUGGGCGUGACGAGCCUGGGAUCAACGCUUGUUGCCGCGGCAGGCGGCGGCUUCGGCAUAGCCGUCUGCCUCGCCGGCACGUUUGCCCUCCGUUGGUGGCCGUCUAACUUGGCGCUCCACGGGCUCGUCUGGUGCAUACCGGCCAUCGCAGGCGGUAUCGGCAUGGUCGCCAUCAGCUGGGACCAGCAGCUCGCCCUGCUGGCGUGCCUGCUCUUGGCGGGACAUACUUACGGCAACACCUACAUCAUUGCCCUCGGGUGGACCACAUCCUCCGCCGCCGGCUAUACCAAGAAACUGACCCGCAACGUCAUGUUCAUGCUCGGUUACAGCGUCGCGAAUCUCAUCUCGCCCCAGAUAUGGGUCCCGCGAGACGCUCCGCGGUACUACGGAGCGUGGAUCGCGCAGAUUGUCGUCAGCUGGGUCGGCACGCCGCUGGUACUGUUCGCCAUCCAGAUCAUCCUGAGGAGGAGAAACGCCGAGCGGAGGAAAUGGGCCGCGAGCUUGACCGAGGCGGAGCGACGGAAGCACGAGUUUGGAGAGGUGGAACACGUCGACGAGACGGGCGUCGCAGUGCGCAAGGAGGUCCCCAUUGCGAUGUUGGACCUGACGGACUUGGAGAAUCCCUUCUUCAUCUACCCGAUUUGA